UUACCCUUUUGGCUCAAUUGCUUUCUCCGCUCCAUAUGAAUACAAAGAAAAUGAACUUUACAGGACAGGUAUUGUCAAAAAUAUCAAAAAUAUUGAAUUUAAGAAACCUGUUGAUGGUAUCAUGUAUAUGAUUAAUAGCACUAAAGUUGCGGAUUUUGUCGUCCCCAAGGGUCGUAUGAAAAAAUAUGGUAAUGUUAAAAAUCUAAGUCUCUUUAUUUUUAAUUAA